AUGUUGCUCUCGCAAGUCGAUGCUGACAUCAACCUGGGUGUAGGUGUGGCAUUUGAACCAGCACUUCAAUUAGAAAAAGAAUAUCCUAUUCAAUUAAGUUUUAUUCCCUGGCCUUUUCGUGUUGAAGAAUAUUUUGGUGGAAAUCUUCAAGAACGAAAUAAACUUAAUUGGAAUAAAGUUCGAUAUGGAUAUAUGGAUGUUCGACGUUUUGCUAAUGAACAUGGUUUAAUUAUUCGUGGACCUCAGCGUAUAUUUGAUUCACGGCUUUCAUUAAUGGGUGAUUUUCAAACUUCUGCUAAUAAUCAAGGUCAACAAGAUUAUUUAAAUGCACAAAAUGAAGCUGAUCAAGAUAGUGUAUUUGGUGUACCAACAUUUAUUAUACGUGGUGAACUAUUUUUUGGAAAUGAUAGAAUUUCAUGGGCAAAAAACAGAUUAGAUUCACUUAAAUUACAUGACACAUAA